CCAGAUUGCAACAAACAUACGCCGAUCAUGCUUUUCAAGUCACUUUUCGUCGUUGCAGCUGCAGCUUUGGCUGCCAAUGCCCAAUCAGCGUCUGGAACCUCUUCCGCUGACACUGCAACCCCAAGUGUUUCGACAUGUAUCGUUGAAUGUUCUACUGAAGCAGCCGCCACGGCGGGCUGCUCCAGCUUCACCGACCUUGCUUGUGUUUGCACCUCCACUGCAUUCCAGACUGCUGCCGGGACGUGUCUGCAGGCUAACUGCACUGCUGCUGAGGUCACCCAGGCCCAAGCGCUUCAACAAACUGAGUGUGCAGCACUCACGACGAACGCGACCGCGACCUCGAGCUCUAUCUCGAGCACGACAUCUCCCGCCACCUCCUCUGCUUCGGCUGCCAAAACUUCAGCAGCCACCUCAUCUGGUGCUGCCGCGGGUCUUGUACCUUCGCUUGCUCUCAACAGCGCAUUUGGUGGGCUUGUUGCCAUUGCUGGUGCCCUUAUUGGAGCAGCACUCGUGCUCUGAUCCAGUUGGUUAAUCUGGCAUCUCCACUUCGAAAUAUUCUGUCCAGGUCGCAGACGCUUUGUUUGGAUGUUUCAAUCUCGAGCAACGUUUGUCAGACCAGGUCCGAUUAUUACACAUUUAUUAUACAGCAAUACUCUUCUGGACUUAAGCUUGAUGUAAUCAAGUGAUACCAUUCAAAUAAAUUUCAUCAUAAUUUGUUUUCCCUUUU